UUUCGUCGUUUGAAAUAGUAGUACAACUCACUGUGAGAUCAAGCGUGACUUUAUUCUCAUGUGAUGCAAAUUUAUAUAAUAUAAAAUUUUAAGUCUUUUCUUUUGUUACAAAAAUCUAGAAAUUACCUAAUAUUCAAUAAAAUAAUUCAUUUUAUUUGAAAUUUGGAGAUAAUUGUGUAUACUUUCAUCGUUUUCUCCAUUGAAAAAUGUUACACGGAUUGUGAUGUAUAACGUAUUAUAAAUAUAUUAGAAAUGAGUGAAGAAGUGUUGCAAAACUGGAAACCUUAUGCCAAGGAUUAUGAUCCUUUAAAAGCGGGUAGUAUUGAUGGCACGGAUACAGAACCGCACGACAGGGCUAUUAGCAGAGCGAUGCUGAAGCAUUACGAGCCACCACAUAAUUUGGAAUCUAAACCAGAAAGAACUCUGUUCGUAGCUAGACUUGGUUCGAAAAUCACCAAAUAUGAUCUGAAAGAAUUUUUUAGCAAAUAUGGAGAUGUUAUUUCGGCAAAAGUCAUAAUAGACGUGGUCACUGGAUCUUCUCAAGGAUAUGGUUUUGUAGAAAUGGGCAGCACAGAUGAUGUUAGAAGAGUAUUAAGACAAGCUACCGAUGCAACGUUGAAAGGAUAUAAGAUAUUUGUUGAUCGCGAGUGCGGUCGAGCCAUGAAGGGAUGGAAGCCAAGACGUCUUGGGGGUGGCUUUGGUGGUAGAAAGGAGUCUGGACAAUUGAGGUUUGGAGGGAAAGAUAGACCAUUUAAACGACCGAUUGUACCUACUAUAUUAAGGCCAAUGAAAUAAAUGAUAUCUGCCUCGACA